AAUCAGGCGCCAUUUUGGAUCUGUCAAAAGUGACUGUUUUGUGUAUUGACGUCCCGCGGCCGAUUCCGGAGUUCCGUUCUAUCCGAUCGACGCGGUCGCGAUAGGAAAAAGAUCGCAGAGGGAGCGUUGCACCCGACGGGUCGAGGAUGAGCCUGCCGCGGGAGCUCCGAUCUCCCGGGGGACUCGGGCGCGUCGGAAAACGAGUAUUGUAGCAAUUUAAGCAGGGCUUGGCUGAGACGUUCCCCGACAUGAAGAGCCGAGCAAUGAUCGACGCUUUUUGAGGCGUCGGCCUUUCUAUUGCUCUCGUCGAUCUCGAAAAGAGACAACCAUGGCUACAAGCGUGGAUGAAUCCGACCCGGACGAGCACGGCAGGCCUGCUUCUCCAAAAAGACCUCGCAGGCUGCUCAUCGAGGUCGAAGACUCUUUUCGACUGGAGCAGCAACCGCCAGAGAAGGAAGCACCCGUCGAGGCGGAAGUUGACCCAGAAUUCAAUGAGAACGAGAGACUGGAAAGGGAGGAACUGAAAAGAUGGCAAGCCCUUCAAGACGCGAGAGCGUUUGUGGACAAUGCGGUAAAUCGUAUUCUGGAGAGACACAUCAUGUCGCAGCCAACUGCAUUCAGAGGAAGCGAGAUGGAGGACACGGCGGUGACGAUGGCAAUUAGAAACCAUGGUUUGGUUCAGUCGACGGGGUUGGUGUCUCAAACCUCUCGUCCCAUCUGUAAAAACGGAUCUAAUGGAAUCUGUAACUGUGGAGGACCUCCGGUAACACUGUGCUUCUAUCCGACAAAUUAUGGCCAGAGUGUUUCCGAAACUGGCCCAUCAAGUAACCAGCAGGAGGACUUCCUGGAGUGUGCCAUCAUCGAAGCUAUUAGAAAGAAGGGUCUGAGUGCGCUUGGUGACGACUAAGGUUAGCCCCAGGGUCUCUGUCCUUUGGGAUCGUCUCAUCUCACCGUUGCUCGUCGCUAUGUUUCAUAAUGUAACUUCCUCGGAUGUAAAAGAGAGGCUAGCCAGUGUACAUUACCUUUUGAUCGGCCACCACUUGUCUCGAGUAUUUUUCAAAGAAAAGACUAGCAGAGGUGGCCACUCGUGCCCUGCUGUACCGCGAUCUAUGGUGUCGAGAAUGACACGAGUCGAGUAACUAAGUCGCUGGCUUAACAAAGCAACGGAGAGCUAUUUCUAAUUAUUCCAUAAAUAUCCGCUUUGUUCUAGCGGUCGCUAGAAUCGUGUAUGGUUCCUAUGCAUCGUCGUUUGCUGGAACCAGGAUUUUAAAUCGAUAAGUAUCACGAAAUGCUUAUUGAUUUAAAUCGGAGAAUUAAUCCUGAUUAUCAGUAUGACAAUGUAUCGAGUGAAGUUUAGGGUUCCUAAACUAUUACUAUAAAAAGAAAAAAUAUAUAUUAUAUCCUCAUGUAUGCAUAUUCGAUGACUAAUUGUGUGAUCAAUAUUAUUCACAAAUAUAAAUAAACGAGGAUAGCGAACA